AUUCGAUCCAGAACCAUCACCGUUACAAACAGAACUACAGGCAGAUGUACAGAUUUUUGAAAGUGAUUUGGUCAUUGAUCUUAAUGAAUUGUUUAAAAAUCCUAAGAAUGAAAUUAAUGCACAAGUUAUUCGUAUUUAUGGUGAUGUAGUUCAAUUUUCGGAUAAUCUAGAAAUUUAA